CAGAAUAUUUUGUUCGAAGUAGAAAUAUAAACACUAAAAAGUGUUGAGUAGAAAUACUUGCACCGAAUUGAUGUUUGCUGAUAUUUUAACAAGUGUCAAAGAAAUUAUUUGUACCGAGGCCAAACUAAUAGUAAACGUGCGUAACGUUGUUUUUGUAUAUUUUAUUGUUGCACUGGAUUAAAACUUCAGUUCAAUCGAAUGUGGUUUCUGAGUAAAAUCAAAACAACUCUAUAGACUAUAGUCAUGAAAAUGUCGUUUAAAUUCAUUUUUAUAACAGCCAUUAUGGCUAACUACAGUGUAAAAAUGGCGUCUACCACUAAAAGCGACGAAGACCGUAGAAAGGAAAAAGACGAUUUGGAGUCGACUAUACCAAAAUUCCAGUCGGAUUUACGUAUUGGCGAUACAGCAGAUUUGAAGACACAGAUAUACAGGGCAUACAUGGAUACAUAUGAAUGUAGCUACAUGUUCAGUGGUCAAAUUUACAUGCGGCUGAUCGAGGGAUUGCUGGUUAAUAAAGGGCAUUUGGCGAAUGUUGCUCAACACGUAGAUCUAUCGUUUACCAAGGAAGCUGCUCAAAUGAUAGCGACCUUGUAUAAUGUGGAAGCGAUGCGGAAUAAUUUCACGAAGAAUGUAAUGUGGAUAGUCUUGAUGUUUGCCGAGAGAGUACUGGUGUACAUGAAAGGCACCCGGGCCAAACGCAAGACUGUCGUGUCCAUUCACAAAUCCGUAAGCUUGUUUCUCGAACACUACAUGGCGUCUGACGACUGCGUGGAUUAUAGUAAGUACAACAAGUUGAACGUCGAAGUCACGGGCAAUUUAGACGACUUGCCAGGUCUACUAUCCACUCUUGCGUCCAAGAAAACAAUUAUCAUGCAGCGACUGGACACAAACGCCAAGAAACGCAAUAUUAGCACCGCCGGGUACGAACAGUUCAAUUUGAACACGUUGGGCUUGAACGGACUGCUGUCAGACACCGCAGUGACGAAACGAGAAUCUAUCUACGAAAUCGUAAAAACAACAGCUGGAGUAGAGGUCAAUUGGUACGGAGUGUUGCUGCCUUUAAAAAAACAGUAUGAUCUGGGAACGCAAGCCAACGGUAUUACGUUGAGUCAACAGAUAAAUGCAUUGAAAACAUUUAACGACAAGUUUAUUUUGAUGGUAAAAGUAUUCAUAACUCGUCUGAUGCUGAAGUACGUAAUGUAUGUAAAUUGUAACACGUGCGAGACUAAAAUGGUAGAUGAUAUUGUCGAGUUGGAGAACUAUUUGGACAUACAAGAUGACGGUGAUAUGCAAUACAAAGGAUUCAAUUGAAACAUCGUGUAAACGUAUUCAACAAGACACAAAACGUUUCGUCAAGUCUUUAAAAGAUGCUUUAGCUAAAAUAAACUUUGGUGUAAUUAAGAAAUUUAAACAACUAAUAAAUACACGCGAGUACAAAAAAUUAGUUGAUAUUGAAAAUGGAUUGUUUAAAAUACAAUAAUUAUAUCUAACUAAUGGCCAUAGGUAUGUCGUAAAAUUAUUCUAAAAAAAACAAUUCAUAUUGUCCUUCACUAAAUAAUU